GCGCCGGCGCACUGCGCGUCUGAGAAACCGGGUUAGACGACCCGGGGAAGUGAUAGGGCUCCUUGCGUGAGGUUAGAGUUUCGGCAACCCGGCGGGUGGGAGAGGGCCGUGGAGUCCUCCGGCGGCGACCGGACCAAGGUCGGCAGCGACCGGGGCAGCAGUCGAAGGCCAGGCGCGGCAUGUCCCGGGUGCCUCGGCGCAGACAGUGAAGCGCGGGGCGAGCGGGAUGGGUCGGCGCCGGGCGCCAGAGCUGUACCGGGCCCCGUUCCCGUUGUACGCGCUGCAGGUCGACGCCAGCGCCGGGCUGCUCAUCGCUGCGGGCGGGGGAGGCGCCGCUAAGACCGGCAUCAAGAACGGCGUGCACUUUCUGCAGCUGGAGCAGAUUAAUGGGCGCCUGAGCGCCUCCUUGCUACACUCCCAUGACACAGAGACACGGGCCACCAUGAACUUGGCGCUGGCUGGUAACAUCCUUGCUGCAGGGCAGGAUGCCCACUGUCAGCUCCUUCGCUUCCAGACCCAUCAGCAGAAGAGCAAAAAUAAGGCAGAGAAGGCAGGUUCCAAGGAGCAGGGGCCUCGACAAAGGAAAGGGGCUGCCCCAGCAGAGAAAAAGCCUGGAGCAGAAACCCACCAGGAGGGGGUAGAAUUCAGCGUAGAGAAUUUGCAGGCGGUGCAGACAGACUUCAGCCCUGAUCCACUGCAGAAAGUUGUGUGUUUCAACUAUGAUAAUACCCUGCUUGCCACUGGAGGGACGGAUGGCUACAUUCGUGUCUGGAAGGUACCCACCUUGGAGAAAGUUCUGGAGUUCAAAGCCCACGAAGGGGAGAUUGAGGACCUGGCUUUGGGGCCUGAUGGCAAGUUGGUAACUGUGGGCUGGGACCUUAAGGCCUCCGUGUGGCAGAAGGAUCAGCUGGUGACACAGCUGCACUGGCAAGAGAACGGACCCACCUUUUCUAACACGCCUUACCGCUACCAGGCCUGCAGGUUUGGGCAGGUUCCAGACCAGCCUGCUGGGCUGCGGCUCUUCACGGUGCAGAUUCCCCACAAGCGUCUGCGCCAGCCCCCGCCCUGCUACCUCACAGCCUGGGAUGGCUCCACGUUCUUGCCCCUUCGGACCAAGUCCUGUGGCCAUGAAGUCAUCUCCUGCCUUAGUGUCAGUGAAUCGGGCACCUUCCUAGGCCUGGGCACGGUCACUGGCUCUGUUGCCAUCUACAUAGCUUUCUCUCUCCAGUGCCUGUACUAUGUGAAGGAGGUCCAUGGCAUUGUGGUGACGGAUGUGGCCUUUCUACCUGAGAAGGGUCGUGGUCCAGAGCUCCUUGGGUCCCACGAAACUGCUCUGUUCUCUGUGGCUGUGGACAGUCGUUGCCAGCUACACCUGCUGCCCUCACGACGGAGUGUUCCUGUGUGGCUGCUGCUGCUGCUGUGUGUCGGGCUUAUUGUUAUGACCAUCCUGCUGCUCCAGAGUGCCUUUCCAGGUUUUCUCUAGCCUCCCUGCUCUCAGGGAGCCAAGGGCCUGGACACUGCCACCUUCUAGACCAGAGUGGAGGCCUGGACCCCACUGCUCACUUCACGGGUCCACAGCUGAGGUUGCCUCUGAUGAGACUUAUGGGAAAUGCCUGCCCUUCCCAGUUAAAGCUUGGCUGUGGCCCUGUGCGACCCUGAACCCUGGGAACCUUGCAUUCAUCGUCUGUGGAUCCACCCAGGACAAUGGUGUCUGAAGGCCAGGCCACACCACCUGCCUUCUUCCCUCUGCCUACCAGAGGCUCCAAAGUUGAACUUGUCCUUUCUCUGGAAAUAUGUGAACAUGCCCAAGAACUUGGAGGCACUGCUGUCCUUCCUGCAGAAACAGUCGUUUUCUCCUCCUCCCCUCACAGCCUCGUGGCCAGUUGCUCUUCGCAUGAGCCCCUGGCAUUUGCUGGGCCAAGCACUGGCCUGGGACUUGCCAUUAGGGAAGGAAGGUGCAGAAGGAAGAUCCAGGAAGUAACCUUUGGGUUCAGCAGGGUAGCUCCAAGCCAGCCAGGCUAAAUAUGCAGUGAGUUCCUGGACAGUCUACCCUAGCCUUGAGAAAAAGGAAAAUGAACUUCAGCCCAUUUGGCAGGCAAAGUUGAUAUUUAAUAAACAAGGGAAGACUGAA